UGUCAUUGCCUCUGCCAUCUUCAAAGGCCUGGUAUGAAACUAAUCUGGGUUCCUCUACAUGAGGAGAAAAAUAACAUGGAUACUGCAAUUGAAAAGAAUCACAAACAUCGAAACAUAGGAGGUCAGAUAAAUGAGCAUGUUUUACACCUAACCAGCAAUGACGUCAGAUGGCGACUGAACAGCCGAUCUUCCAAUUCAAAACCCCAAGCAUUGCCUCCAUGUAUAAAUUGCCAAAGCUUCCUGCUUCACCACAGCCCUAACAAAUUAGCAGGGAAUGGAUUUGCAUAUGCUUAUAAAUCAUUUCAAAGCCAUUCAAAACCCCCUUUACCACCAAGGACUUAUCAGUCAUCUGAGUAUCAAAAUACCCAGCAGUAUGCACAGCUAGAACACACAGAUGAUCAUAUAUAUUUGGAUAUUUUGCCAUCAAAUGACAAUAAAGUUACCCCUCCAGCUGUCCCCCCUCGACCUCCCCCACAACUUCCUCUACAUCCUCAAAAUACAAAAAAACGGUCUUCCCACCCAGUGCUGGCAUGUGUAGUUUCUCUUCGAGGCGGCGGGCCACCAAUCAGAAACACCAGCAAAAGAGAGAAUGGAAAAUCGUCUCGCCACAUAUCUAUGUCAAACCCAACAGGUAAGAGCUAUGAAAAUGGUGAUUUUGAAGACUGGGAGUCUAUUGACACAGAAGCGCUGUGUGACAAAACAGCAAGCCCACGGAGAAUCUCCAGUGACUGGGAGCCAAACAGCGACUAUGAACCUCUAUAUCAGAUCUACCAGGCAAAGGUCCUGAAAGAAGCCAGUCAGAUCCAGUCUGAUAGUCCUAAUUGCAACAGGAGGAGUGUUAGUGAAACCCUGGGUCUUGAGGGUCCCGGAGGGUUUGCAGUGGUUGGCACCCGAUUCAAGAGAGGCCCUGAAGAGAUUACACUCUGGCAGGAUUUACCAGUGGUCGAGGAAAGUGGAGUGUUACAUAAACUCACUCGCACUGAAAAACAGAGACAAGAGAGCAUGUUUGAGGUCCUCACCUCUGAGGCCUCCUACCUGCGCUCCCUGCGUGUUCUGAAGGAUCAUUUCUUGGGGUCACGCGAACUCAGUGAGACUCUGGUCAUUCAUGAUAGGAGGGUCCUCUUCUCCAACCUCUUGCAGGUCUAUGAAGUCAGCGAGAGGUUUAUAGGGGAUCUGCUGAAGCGAGUAGAUGAGAGUGUGGUGAUAUCUGAUGUGUGUGACAUAAUUUAUGAGCACUCAGAGAAUCAUUUCUCAGUCUUUAUUGAUUAUGUUCGAAAUCAGCAGUACCAAGAGAAAACCUACAGCAGACUGAUGGAGAGUAACAGAGAUUUUUCUCUUGUGAUGAGGCGGCUAGAGUCAUCUCCACUUUGUAAACGUCUGCCCUUCACAUCCUUUAUGCUUCUGCCUUUCCAACGAAUCACCCGCAUCAAAAUCCUUAUACAGAAUAUUCAAAAGCGGACUGCAAAGGGCACAAAAGAGGAGGAAACAGCUUCAAAGGCCCUGGCUUCAGUCUCCAAGCUAAUCAUGCAGGCAAACACACAGGUGGGGCAGAUGAAACAGAUGGAGGAGCUCAUUCAGAUCUCUAACAAGCUGGAGUUUGACAAGCUCAAGGCAAUCCCAAUUGUUUCUAAAACACGCUGUCUAGAUAAACAGGGAGAACUCCAAGAGCUAUGUAAAAGAGGGUCUCUCUUCAGCAUCCGCAACAAAUGUACCCCUGUGUAUAUGUUCCUCUUCAAUGACCUUCUCAUUCUCACCAUGAAGAAAAGAAAAUUGAAUGACCAAAAGAUACACGGACCCAUGUGUUGUCCUUUCAUGCCUCCCUCUCCUCUCAGUGGCUCUCCAGACCGCUUUGUGGUGAUUGAUCAUGCGCAUCGGUCUCUGGUUCAAGUACAGGCCACAGAAAACAAUCUUUGGCCACACUUGGAUCACUGUUUCUGUUUGACCCUACUGGAAAACCAUCGGGGGAACACAUGUGAACACUUGCUCAAGGCUAAUACAGAGUCAGACAUGCAUAGGUGGAUGGCUGCUUUCCCGUCGAUUAAAGCAGCCCUCGGGGAGGACAAGAUUUAUGAGGACUGGGACUGUCCCCAAGUGCAGUGUGUCAGUCAGUAUGUAGCAAAACAGGCAGACGAGCUAAGCUUGGAGCCAUCUGAUGUCAUCAAUGUGCUGCGCAAAACCAGUGAAGGUUGGUAUGAAGGCAUGCGUCUCUCUGAUGGAAAGAAAGGCUGGUUUCCAGCAAAGAAUACAUCAGAAGUAACCACUGAUCACCAGAGACGACGGAAUGUGAGGGAGAAGUACCAAAUCGUACAAGCAACCAGUCAAAACACUUAAAGUUGACUCCAAUAUACUUUCUGCCCAUCCCAUUCGCCCUCACUUCUCAAUAGCUUCCUGUCACUCACAAACACAAAGACACUAUGAAGUUGUCUGGCACAAACACUCAUUUCCUAUUGAAGCAGGAAGCUGGGACUAAUUAGUAUCAUUAUUUUUGAAUAUAAAGAACAUCAAGAAGUUCAAAAGGUUAAAAAUGUUCAAAAGGAAGCUUGGAUUGUGAAAAAUAAAUUUUAUUAGAUGUGGUGUUGUCAUAACUUUACUGACACCUAUCGCAUCGAAUAGAGCAGAACACAAUUUGUUUUUGAUGAUAAAUGCCUAUGUAGAACACCUUCUUCACAGGUGACACAAUAAAAUGUUUACUAAUA